ACUUAUCUGGCAACACUGUGACCAGCUGAUCCCAAAAACGCUCACAUGUUUAUAUCCCGAAACUUUGUUAUUAUUUAACGUUUUCUGAAUAAGUUCGAAAUAAACUUUCAUGUAUCUGAACUACCUACAGAAGACACAAUGGAAACACCUGCAAUACCUGUUGCAAAUGCGUCAGCUUCAGCUCCUGAGGAGACACGUUAACAUUGGUGCAAAACCGCCCAUACAAACAGCAAGAUUGUUGUCGGUACGAAAGCUAUCGAAGCUAAUAAAAAGGAAUCACGAAGACAAUACACUUCAAAUCCGGCUGAAGGAGGCCAAGACGAGUGAAAAGCUUCUAGAGUUGUUGGAAAGCAGUGUUAGCCUGGAGACCUCCCAUGUGGUGGAGGGCAUAUCGUUGCUAUGGCAGCAAUAUCAGGACGUGGAACAGUUAAGCAGGGGUGGCAUCACAGAACGAUUGAUUAUGAGUGUCCUCCCGAUUUUGGCACCUUGUAUAGAGCAAAUAAAUGUUGACGACCUCAGUCGAUGCUACCUUUACCUACGCAAAAUGCACGUUCCCAAUUCCGAGCCAGUCGUGGAAGCCGUGCUAAUAAAGGCUCUUAGCCUCAUCGAGAAACAAGUGAAUGUUGCGAUCAUUCCAUUGACUUCUUUGUCCCGCCUCUCGGUCGGAAUAAACCUUGAACGGGACUUCUUUACUCCGCUCGUUUGCAGAAAUUUUGUGCCACACUUGGAGCAUCACAUAUAUCAGUGUUAUACCGAAGAGCAAGUACGCCUGCUAUCCACAUGCCUCUUUCAGUUGCACUUCCUCAUCAACGAGGACCUUCUUGCACAAUUCAAAACGCGAGUGGCUGAACUGAUUCAAAACAACGUCCUCAGCAGUAAGACGCCUAAAGCUCUGCUUAAGUUGCUCCACAUGCUGAAUAUUCCACUGUGGUCCCAGCAGCAUACCCAAUUGAUUCGAAAAGUUAUGUUGGUUUUGCAACCUUGCAUUCACGAGAUGGAGCCUGGAGACCUUAAGAGUAUGUGUCGCGCAUUUUUGCACCAUCAGGAGCCAUCCGCGAUAAAAGAGCCGCUCAGAGUAGCUACGGAAAAGCUGUUGGAAAAUGAAAAAACUGCUGACGCCUUAUCUUGUGCCGUUCCUUUUGCAACUCCCCAUCAAAGGGAAAAGUACACGCAAGUUUUUAAGGAACUACUAUUCUCCAAAGAGGCUUGGCUGAUGCCCAAUGCUAGCGGACACUUCUUCAGUGUUUUGCGAGCAUUAAAGAUUUCCGAUUUGGGAAUCUGUAAUUUAUACUGGUCGGGGGUGAUUCGCGAGCUGGAGUCCUGUGGAGAGGAGCAAACCCACCUGAGGUUUCUGAGGCAUUGUCAGCGCUACAUGAACUUUAAUAACAAUUUGGGAGGAACCUACCGUCACUUUGAGUUGGAACGAAUAUUAAGUCGCUUGUGUAUGGGUGCUAUAGAGGAAGAUAUAGCGGGAAGGUUACCGUCGAAGUUUGCCCGCCUGGCAUCUUUUGUGCUGGCCUACGGACGAACUCCUUUAGAUUGGAAAAAAUUCCCAAACAUACUGCUUAGCAAGAUGCUCGCCAUGGCUCCCCAGUUUGGUAUCCAAGAUUGCUUUCUUCUCAGUCGUGGAAUGCAAAUAGCCUGCGAACUGAGGUUUCGACAGAACCUUCCCUCACUUGCUGGCAUGCAAUUGUCCACCAUGGACAGCAUUCUUACCGGUUGUGCGGAGCGCCACUUGGCAGGUUCUGAAAAGGUUCAGGUGAAUGCCAGUGAACUAAGCAUGAUAGUGAGAACACUUAGUCAUCGCAAGACGCUUAAAAACACGUUGGUUUACAACCAGGCCUUGUUGCAUUACAAAAGUAUCCAAUGCAAUGAUCUUAACUCUCGAGUGGUUCGUGACAUGGCAUAUAACUUCAAUGCCUCGAAUUUUUGUAUACCCGAGCUUUUGGAGUCGAUGUUCAGCUACGUUUCCAAACAGAAUGAGCACAUUACCGGCGAGACAGUGGAAAAAGUGUUAACCUGUUCCUAUAAUCUGGGCUAUACGCCUGAAAAUAUAGAGGUUUUAAAUCAUGCAUCCAGAAUAUUAUUAAGAGACUUCGAGCAGAUGAGUGGAUUAUCGAUUGUGCAGGCUUGCCUAGCACUGUGCUUCUACAAAACAAUACCCGAGCAGCUAAUCAACCAAGUAUUUUGCGUAAAGUUCAUUCAGCGCAUUGAGGAAGAAAUUCAGCUUUGCUAUUCAAAGGCAACCUAUCCGGAACGGGUACUUAAUCUAGUAAUGCAGCUAAACCGCACGGUGUGCCUGGAUUUUCCGGAGGCAAAUGUGCCCUGGUUUCAACAGAACUACAUAGAGGCUCAUAUAAGCAAAAGGUCCUUUCUUCCCAGUGGGUCCUUUGUAGAGGUUAAACAGCUGCUGCAGAAGCUUCUUCAGAAUGAUAAUAAUUUCCGAUGCAAUCACACAACUCCUUACGGCUACCAAAUUGACUUUGUAAUACAUUUCGAUCGGGAUAGAAAGCCCAUUCCACCGCCUCCAGUUGAGGCCACCAUGUUGGAUCGCAUAACGAAAGUGGCAAUACUAUUGUUAAAACUCGACUCAUUUUGUGAGAACGAUAUAACUGCCUUACGAGGUCCGGAAUCGUUAAAAAUGAGACAUCUCGAGAUGAUGGGCUACAAGGUGAUGCAAAUCAACCAACACGAUUGGAACUCAAAGUAUAUGACAUCAACAACAGCCAAAGCUAAUUACCUUAAGUGCUUGUUACAAAUUUCCCAUUAGUUUUGAUUACUUUGUGUGCUUUAGUUUACAAAAUCUAAUAAAGGCACUUUGUAUAAAAUUAGAAACAAA